UCGACCGCGUUCAGUUGACGCCGAGAUAACCUAAUCGUUCACUUGAAUUGAAUAAUUUGUUCGGAAUUAAGGGAAUAUCGUCACAUUCCCGGUAAAACUUACCUUGACACUGGCGGAAGGCGGUUUGCUACAAAUAUGUACCUAAAAUGUCUAAUAAUUUUGUUAUCAUACGUGGCUCAUGGAUCAACGCUGGUAAGCAAAUGCGACCAGACCCCUCCUCUUUCGGACGGGACGCCACCCAGCAUAGACAAGGGUCUCUUCCACCUUGUCAUAGAACACGCGGCCAUGAGGGACGACAAGAUAUUCUACACGCCUGACCAGACUUAUGUUUUAACCAUAAACGCAGCUAACUCUAGCCGGCCGUUCCGAUGGUUUAUGAUCACUGCCGAGGACCCAGCUGUGGACAAUAGCGUGUUUGAAGUAUCACGCAAGGUGGUGGAUGUUGGUAGCUUGAAGACGUUGGAUGAUGACUCCAAAUCUCGGUACAGUGAGAGAUGCGCAAGUACUGUUGAGAAUAUUGACAGUUCGGAUAAAACUUGGGUUGAGAUUCAUUGGGUAUCUCCAAAACAAAGCAGUCCACAACAACAGAUUCGUAUCCGCGCGAUGGUAGCCGAGAACAGGGAAGUAUGGUACACUGGCGACAACCUUACUAUACUGCUUAACAUGGAGGAUUCGAAGAGGAAAGACAGUCCUCCAUUGCCUGUUAGGGAAGUUUGCACGCUCUGCAGUGAAGCGCGGUAUGAGAUAAUAUUCAAAGGCCAGUGGUCGAGGGUGGCCCAUCCUCGCUACUACCCCAACAAGCCCGAUGAGAAUGGCUACAGUCAUCUGAUCGGAGCCUCGCAUGGCAACAACUUUACCAUGUGGCAACAAGGCGCUAAGGCCACUAAGGGGUUACAGCUUUUAGCUGAGGAAGCAGACGUGUCUGUUAUGGAAAGAGAGAUCAUAGAUGCAAUGGUCUAUCCAGAAGGCACCAGAACAUUAAUCCGAGGGAAGCGUCGCCACCACCCCUACAUGUCUCUUCCGUCCCAAGCACUCUUCAGGACCGACAGGAUCCACCACAUGUUCUCGGUAGCUGUGGCGAUGCGACCCUCGCCCGACUGGUUCCUAGGCAUUUACAAGUUCGAGCUCUGUAACGAGACGGAAUGGUUGGAUGAGUUUGAAAUACCUUUGUAUCCAUGGGAUGCUGGGACUAUGGAUGGCGUGUCUUAUGAAUCUCCAAGAUCCAUGUCACAGCCCGGAGAUAAUAUAGAGAGAGUGGAAGUAGGCUCAUUCAAUCGCAAAUCUCCAUUCUACCAGCUGAACUUGAACGAUCUGCAACCGUUUGCCAAAUUACAAGUGCGACGGCUUGACGUCUAUCCGUUAAUAGACGUAGACUGCAGUAAAAAUGGAGAAGAAGAAUCGGAAUCAAUGGAUAUUCAAGAAGACGCACCACAAGAGCCGAUAGUGGGUGAAACAAAACAAAAACUAGACGCCAUGGAGCGUUGCGAUGUCGGUGUUUGGGGUGAAUGGUCGCCAUGCUUCCCGAGAGAGGGCGUCUGCGGGCCCGGGUCGCGGACUAGAAUAAGAUCUAAGAGGAAUCUAUUCGAGACUGAGAGCGAAAAUAAACAAGAAGAAGAAUCAACCGGCAGUUGCCCAAAAGUUACCACUGAGCCUUUAAUACAAAAUGAAAAUUGUUUUAUAAAUUGUUUUUAGUCCUUAAAUAGUUUGCUUGGCGAUUAAAAUAACUAGAAAA